CACAACUUUAGCAGCUGCACGCCGGCGGUUCAAAUUCCUGUAUUGAUCACUUUUUCCUUGGAUUCUUUUGCAUUGGGAAGGAACCCUACGGCCUUCUCCAAGAAAGGGAGGGUUUCUGCUCUUCUCCUGGAUCCGUCGUUUUGGAGAAAUCUUGCCUCUGGAGAGAAAGGCAAGGAUGAACGCAGCCAGGCCGCAGUUCUUCAAAGUUCUUCUGCCCGGCUUCUCUGACAAAUUGUUAAUCCCUUGUGAAUUCACCAAGCACCUUGCAAACUUGGAUCACUGUCGGACAGCCACAAUUCUAAGCCCCAUGGGCAAAUUCUGGCACGUUGAUCUCAAGUGUAAUGGCAGCAACUUAUACUUCACAACUGGUUGGAAGGCAUUCACUCAAGCCCACGACUUCAUAGUGGGCUUGUUCUUGGUGUUCCGCUAUGAAGGCAACAUGGUCUUUACCAUCAAGGUCUUUGAUUUGAAUGGUUGCCUCAAGGAGUAUAAUUAUUACCCCAUUAGAUACCCAGACCAGAACACUGACAACGUUCCAAAGAAACAUGACAAGAAAGAAGAUGCCACUGAGAAUGACACUAUUGAAGAAGUAAAACAAGGGAUGCUAUCAGAAAUUUCUCAACAUCCAUCAUCCAAAAAGAGCAAACAACCAUCUGAAUUCCAUAAGACAAUCAAGCCAUACAAUCUCAACUAUAGGAAAAUGUGUGUUCCAAGAGGCUUUUGCGCGUACCAUGAUCUCACGGCCAAACAAAAGAUUACACUGAAAGACUCAGAAGGGAGGUCAUGGGUUAUCGAGUUUUGCCCCGGUCUUAAAGAGAACUAUUUCAGAAAUGGGUGGGAGCAAUUCAGCAAGGCAAACAAUUUAAAACCAGGGGAUCGAUGCAACUUCCAGUUUGUAUCAAAGAGUGAGAUGUUUGUUAAAAUAAUAAAACUCAGAAAACAUUGACAUGGUUACUAUCCUUCUUUUCCCCCCACUUUUUUUUUCUGCUUGAUAUGCUUUUAGAUGAUCAAUUCCCAUGUAAAUUCAUCUUUUUUUUGUCGUUGCCUCUUUUACUUGAUAGGUAUGCUGUUUCUAUUUCAUAAUCUUAGGGUUGUAAAGGAGCCGAGCCAAACUUUAUAGUGUUUAAGUUUGUUUGAUAAAGUCAAGUCUAAAAUGAACCGUGUUGCUAAAAUGGUUAUUCAAGUUUGAUUUGAUUUUUUUUCGUGAGAUUAA